UAUCGCUCUUCUAACAAAACGCAUAAAGCUCUCGCCACCGUAUCCCGUACGAUUAUUUAUGACCCACGUCUAUUUGUUAUUGCAGAAUGCUGUGGAGAAGAUGCGUCCUCGGCUAGCUCUCGUUCUCGCGAGCUGCUUCAACCUCUUGCUAAUCGUUGUCGUUCGCUGUCAGGAAUUAUCCGUCAUCCGGCAUUCCGAUGGAGAUAUCUUCAGCAUCGAAGGGUCCUGCACUGAAGCCUGCACGGUGCUCAGCAGCGGCACCGCCAGUCCGUACUCGCGCGGAUCCUCGAGUCUGCUCGUGGCAAACAGCUCGUGCACGUGCCAGUGCAACUUCAACGUGCCGGUCUUCCGGGAGGAUCUUCACAUAUGCGUUGACGACAUCCACGAGUGCAACGUCGCCGGUUUCGUCAGCAACAAUGGCCAGGUGGAGAGAGUACCAUAUGUCUUCUUGCCGCAACGGGGGCAGAUAAUAUAUCCGCACGCGGAGAUCCGUUUUAAAGGUGUGACCACUCCUGUGUGCGGGAUCGCCGGUGCCCAGCAAUUGGGGCGGGCGGGAUGGUCCGAGCUGAGGAAUCUCUCCGAUGCCGAGCCACCAUUCAGACUGUUCCGGGACGAGGGCAGGACGUUCCUCCAGUGGAUCGGCGAAGCUGGACUGAGAGAUGCAGCGGAGGGCAGAGUGGUGACAGCCAAGCUAGUCUGCAGAGAUGCGUCGCCCAAGUCGACGCUUCCGGGAGUUUUCACGCCCUGCGUGGCCUUCAGGGUAGCCGGCUCACCGUCAAAAAGCAACAUACGAGAAGUGAUGUUCGCACCGACGGUCCAAGUAGCGCAAGGUUUAUCAGCCACAGAGUACAUUGCCAUCGGCCUCUCGUCCGUGAUCCUGGCCCUCAUCUACGUGGCCAGCGUGUCGUUAUAUCUGCACAGCAGAAGGACGAAGAGGAAAUCCAUCGAGGAGACAAACGUCACUCUGGACGGUGGCCGAGAUAGUGGUGGUGGUUUAGUGAAGAACAAUCCGCUGUUGGCCGCCACCAGGCACUUUGAGAGCGACACCAACAGCGGGCUCACCGAGAGCGACAUCGGCGACGAUCUUCCGCCGAGCGAUAACGAGCAGGGCUUCGAAAACAUAACGUCGGCAAUCGUUCACCCGCACUGCGUGUAUGUGGAGCAAUCGGAAGGACUCCUCUCCGCGGGUUCCAUUCUCGGUGAACGACUGCCGGAGGAGGAUGUACGCGUCGUGGAGACGGCUGACAGCUCGCAUCAGCAGGAUGCGCCGGUUCUCCCAGGUGCUCAACGGAGGAAAUUGUAUUUCAAUCCCGCGUACUUCGAUCGACAGCUAUUGCUGGCCCCACCACCGGCUGCCAUCGAGUUCCUGCUCAAAAUCCGAGAAGUCAUCUCCAUCGCCAAGCACAAGAUGGCCGCGAAGAGAUUCGUCCCUACCCUCAUUGAUAUCCCGGAGGAGAGUGGUUCCGACCGUUGCGAGUCGGCAAAGUCGAGCAGCAAGCACCAGCAAAGAACGACACCAAGUUCCGGGCCGGGCGGCAGUUCGGCCACAAAGUCGCGCAAGUCCCAGAGGUGCACCGGAUGUCCCGGCUGCAGCGAGUCCCCGCGACAACUGCCGGUUCUUCCCGCGCUCGAUCUGCCGAACCACGGUGAGAACAAGGUUCGCGCCUGGCUGGAAGACGUGCGACCACCGCAGCGUCGCUGGAGAGACGUCGAGGACACGCGCAGGAACUUCCAGGAGAACGCGCGGACGUUCGCCAGAAAUCUGGAGUACCUGAAAGAAUUGGCGAGACGCGACUUUGCUGAUCCAGAUGAUCGCGCGAGCUUGGCUGGCAAAUCGAUGUCCUCGUGGAAGGAUAAUCCGCCGAUGCUAAGGACCUUCCAGAACAUCACCGCCAAGAGUGAGAUACUAGAGAAUGACGAGCGUCACAGUGUAUCCAGGCGGUCGACCAGAUCCAUGUUCGAGGAAACGGAGCGUGAUCGUUACAACAAGCGGAAGAUUGGUACUAUGUACCGAUACGUCGGCGGCGACGACGCGAUAAACGCGAAGGUCCGCAGGGCCAUCGAGAAUUCUUUCCUCAAGCAACUGGAGGAGAACGUGGUCAUGGAGAACGUGACAAAGGAGAACGGUGUGAAGGACGACAGAAGCGGCAAAAGCGAGGACGAGUCGACGGCGAAGACGGAGAGAUCGUCCGGCGACACGGGAAGAUCGGCGGAGGAAUCACCGCGGCCGUUGCGGGUCAACAACGCCCCGAAGAGAUCGAGGAAGGCGAGAGCUCCGGCUGUGCCGUCGUCGAAGAAGAAAGAACUUCCCGACAUGAUCAAUGAGCUGCCUAGCGCAAAGAACACCGCGCGCCGCAUUAUGGACGCCGUGAUACGCGAGAUGGUGGACGUGAAGGUGUCAUCGUCAUUGGAUCAUCAUUACGAUAGACCCACGAUAAACGGAACGACGAAUCAUGGCAACUACGAGGUAGACAGUUUGGAGCGUUCCAAGUGCAGUCGGAAGUCGUCGACAUCGCCGGAUCAAUCUUCGACGGACAACCAAUCAAGCCCGGCGCUGUCCACGGCAUUGCCAAUGGACGAGGAGCUUACGAUGCAGAACGCCGUAAUCAACACGCGAACCGGCGAGAUGACGAUGUCAAAACUCAAUGGACAGAUCCUCGCCGAGCGUAGUUGCUACGUCGGCUUGCCGGAGCUGAUCAGCGGCCAGCGCGCGGAGGCGUACUCGCUGGUGAGCGAGGUCUACGUGAACGACGGUUACGCUAGUCCAGCCUGCAGCGAUGACAGCGGCCCAGAGAUCCAAUACGAGCCGGAAAACCCGGGCCACCUGACCAUCAAGGUGCAGGACUCGCCGGAGAACUACGUGAAGCUCGACGAGUCCGAGUACGAGCCGGAUACACUGGACCGCAAACCGAUGAAGCUGCGGAUCAACGAAGACGUGCACUACGACCGGCAGGAAGUCUCCAGCGAGGUGUACGUGGACUCACUGGAACGACCAGCCCAGAUUCUACUCAGGAGCAAGGGCAGCUUCCGCGAUGAGGACUCCUCCGCGCUGCAACGCAGUAGCCACGGUAGUCUACGAGAGAUCUACGAGGCAAAGAUCAGGUCGAGCUUGAAACUCGACGCUCCUCACAGCGCGAUGGCCAACGAACACGGGACACAGCUCGAUGGGACUCUCUCGUGGAAGAAGUGCAGGUAUCUCACGCCCGACAGCAGACAAGCAAAGAGGCAACGCAAGCCGCACAACCAACCAGACGUAGUACCGUUGCCGCCUAUGGAGGAGAUCUAUCAGCGGCCGAAGCCGCCACGGCGAGUUGAAGAUGCAAAUCUGCCGCCGUCGCCGCCGCCUUUGCAACCGACAUCACCGUCAAAAAACGUCUGGGACAGGAGUCUUGUCGAAGCGGGUGACCCUACCGCCAGCAACGGCGCUCCUGUCCCGAAAGCGGACGGAUACCAUGUAGGGAACUGGACCUGCCGUCGCGCGCCGAAGACCCAGGUUGGCGUCGCGAACGACUACGAGAUUUACAAGAAGCAGCAUCGUAAGGACCUCACGUCGUUCCUCAGCGAGAAGGUGAACGACAGUACGAUGGCAAACGGCUGCCGGGAUUGUCCAUGCGAAACGCGAAUCGAGAUUGUUGAUGCUGAAGAUAGAUGCAGAUUUUACGGGAACGUUGACGCCAAGGAAGAUGUCUUAUCACGCGGAAUAAGGGUGACUCGAGAGAAAAGGCCUGCCAUGAGCUCUUCCCAUCAUAGGAACUCCGCGAGGAACAAUAAGACGCGUUCAUGGAGCGUCGUUCAUCAUCGAGAGGACGAGGACCGACUCAUCGAGAGCAGCAGAGUACAGAACUGCUCCAGGACGAAGCAGCUGAUGAAGGGUCUCUCGAGGAGCUGCGACUCCGGCGUCUCGAGCAAUGCAAUGCUGCCGCUGGUAGCGGACAAUCGGCGCAACCACAUGAAGAUCGAAGACAGCGGCUAUCUCAGCAGCACUGACAGCAACGGCUCGCACAAGCGGCUGCUGAGACACGAGGUGAGCAGCGUGUCCGAGGAGACCGACGAGACCGAGUCGGUGUGCGAUGGAGCCAGCGAGAGCGGCGCCGAGAGCAUCGGCACCGACAGCGUGUUCUUCGGCAACUUCCGCAGGCUGUCAGAGAUCUCGAAGAGCGCGGAUUCAGGGGUGGACCUGAGCGCCGGCAAUCCGACGUGUUACCAGCCGCUGUUCGGUGCGAGGAACGACGCCGCGGUUGUUCUGGAGAGGAACAACUUCAGCACCAGCGACAGCGAGACCGAAAGCCUCGUCACCGUGUUACCGCCUUGUAAAAGUCAAUGCAAUAGUUUAAUAUCGUAGUCUCGAAACGCCGAAAGACGAGCUGAACAAAUUUAAUAAAUGGUUGUCGAAGAGUCUUCCGAUAGGAUCCAAAUUAGAGUAGUCUUUAUCAAAAUAAAGUUCUUCUUUCUGUCUUGUAGAUAAAGAUAACAGGACCGGUAGCGUUAAACGUUAUUAAUUUACUGCGAAAAACACUUGAUAUUUUCCUACUUUUCUUCUUUUAUUGAAAAUGAUGAUGUGAGAUUGCAUAAUGUAUGUAGAUUAAAGAUUUUCAUACUAGUAUAGAUGUGAGAGUACGUGAGAUUUAUUUCUGAAAAUGCUUGAUUUCCAGAACAAUUGGAAAUUAGAACAAUUGAAAGAAUAUUUCUUAAUUUAUUUUCUAUCGUGAGUUAGCAAUGUGUCAAGUGGAAAGAAUGUAACGUUACUUUUAGUAUAAGUAGAAAUCAAAAAAACGAUUUGCCAUCGUACUAAAUAGAAUAUUCGAUAGCGUCGUACGAAUUUUAUCACAGUUUCUGCAGACAAGUCCUAAGGCCAGUAUAAAGGGGAAAAAAGUGAUCGAAAAAUUAAUUUUGUAAAGUAGAUAAGAUAUUACAUCGUCAUAAUAGCUUUGUAAAGAUUAAGAUUAAAUACAAAGCGCUAAGUGCUUAAAAGUUCAUCAAGCGGGUAAUUUAUAAUUUAUAAUGAUGAUGAUAUUCUCUUUGCUCAGCUCAUAAGUAUGUUAAUUGAGACUCCUAUACGUUAUCUUUAAUAUUAAUAUAUUUUUAAGCUAAAUUUUAUGCGUAAAAGUUCAACACAUUUUCGCGAGAAACAUAUUAUAUACGUGUUAAGCACACUCUUAAUAUUUAUUAUUAAUUUUACAUACUUAUUUAUUCAUAUUUAUUAUUUCCUAUUAACUUAUGUCUUUUAUACAUAAAACUAUGUGGAAUAAAUUACAUUAAAAAAUCCACAUAGUAGAUAGUAUUAAAUACGCGGCAUAUUAUUGGCCGGAAGUGCAAUAUUAGUCUGUAAUGCCCAUAAAUUGUCUUUAUGGAAUAUUUUAAGAAAGACUUUUAUUAAAGAAUUAACGAUAUAGAGAACAGUAAUAAAUAUAAAGAGCAACGAUAUCUUGCCAAAAAGGUAUUAACGUCCUAUAUAUUUUCCUGAUAUUGUUACAGUUGUGCAUAUGAUUCCGUUUUAUAUCAUAUAUCGCUCUUAAACCCGUAUAACUGUUACGAUAAUUAGAAAUAGUUUAUAACGUGACUGAUAUCUCGCUAUCUUUAUUAUUUAUAGCUAAUUACUUCCAAUACGGCAAAGCAGUGAAAUAAUUGCUGAAAACGUGCAAUAUUAAUGCAAAUAGAUAUAUUCUGCAACAUAAUUUUAUAAAUUUAAGAUUAUAUACUUUAUAAUUAAGUGAUAUUUAUCGUUAAUACUUGAAAUGAUUUUGUAUUAACCGAAAACAUUAUUUUUUUAAAAUGAUAUAUUUCCAUGUUUGUAGUUAUGUUUUGUACUUGCACAAAAAUUUAAUAUUUAAUAUUUAAUAUAUUUAAUAUUUAAUGAUAUUGAUAUACAUAUUAAUAUAUAUUUUUAUCUAUGUUAGCUAAAUUAUAUAUAGAAGCGCACGCUUCCAUGUACCUGCCAAAUGUAAAUACUCGAGAUAGAUUUUAAUAUAUACUGUUAAAUAUAUCUAUAUUAUUUAAUACCAUUUUGCGAUAUGUCUACUGUUUUAAUAUACAUAUAUUUUAUAAAAUGUUUAUUAAAGUAAUAUGUAUAAUAAUAUAUACAUACAAGUAUGCCGCUACGAUCGUAAACUUUUUCGGGAGCUUCAGAAUACGCUAAUCUCUACGCAAUUUUUGAAAUUCAAUAAUACGUUACUAUUUUUUUGCAAAAGAUCAUAUAUUUCUUAAUAAUUAUUAUUUUGUGAAUCAUUAUGAGUAAUUAUUAUUUCCACAAUGUUCGAAAUGAGUUUCUAAACCUUUACGUGCUCACGAGCGAUCGUAACGUAGCAUAAAAGAUUAUGGGAACAGAUUCUAAUUAUUGCUCGGCUAUCUUUUAGCGCGAACAAGUAUGGUGUCGGUAGGUUUCGGGUGUGUCAAACGCUUCGCUAAAUUAAGACGUACGUACGUUACCUCGAGGAGAGCUUCGAGAGCUCUUUGUCGGUGGAAACGACUGUCGAACGACAGUCCUGACUUCUUCAUUGCGUGAUAAUACGUUGUUGAGCGUCUCGUAUCUAAUCGAAACGACGUUGUUAUGCUAGUUGCGGAAAGCAUUGCCUACGAUUGUACAUAUUUUAACGUAUUUUAACAGAUUCUUACUAUUUUAUAAUAAAACUUGUUGAU